AUGGAAAGGUUUUUAAAAAGAAUAGACAAACCAACAUUGGAUCAAAACUCCAAUGAGACACCGAGUACCCGUAAAAAAGCAAGGCAUUCUGACCAGAAUAAUCUGGAUGAAAUUGUUAGCGAUGUAUGCUCCAGCGAGGUUGACGACGAAUCCGAUUCAGAUGAAGAUGUGUCGGCAAAAAAGUACACAAAACGUGCGUGUUUGCAAAACGCAAUUUAUGCUGCCUGUCAUACUUCAAUAAACUCGGUAGAUCAUUUGACAUUAUUACAAAAAAAGACAUUCUGCGAUAGUGCUAUUGCCAAGGACUUGCAAAUGGGUCGCACAAAAUGUACUAAAAUUAUUGAAAACGUUUUGUGUCCAUAUUUCAAAAAGGAACUAAUAGCUGAUAUCGGAGAUAUCGUUUUUAGUCUUUUAAUAGAUGAAUCUACGGAUGUAUCGGUGAAGAAGCAGCUUGGUAUUGUUGUGCGUUAUUAUAGUGAAAGUUCUCGUUGUAUAGUAAACACAUUUUUAAAAUUAGUAGAACUUGAAGACUCUACAGCUUCUGCAAUUACUAAAGCAAUUUUGUUGACACUAAAUGAAUUUAACGUGAAUUUAAACAAAUUUAAAGGUCUUGGUACCGAUAAUGCUAAUGCUAUGGUGGGUGCAAAUAAAGGUGUCAUAGCACAACUGAAAAACUCAAAUAUUAUAUUAGUGCCUUGUGUGUGCCAUUCAGUACAAUUGGCAGUAUCCAGUGCUUCCAAAUAUAAAUAA